CUGCUCUGUUCUAAAACCUCUAAAAGUGCAGAAUCUAACACUUCACCAAAUAUUCCGUAAACAAAUGGCAGAACAAACAGCUAUUUUACCAUCACAUUUAAUGACGCAUCUUGUAGAAAAACAAGAAGAAGUCAACGAAGAAGAUCAUUUAAAUAAAAUCCAGAAUAUUGAAGAUAAUGUAAAAGCAGAUCAAGUGAGUGUUGCAACAUCUUACAAACAAAUUGAAAUGGCGUCUCUACUGAAAGAACUCAACAUCGACAUUAAAGAGGGAUUUCUUACCCCUGUCAGUGAAGAGGAUGAUGAGGAAGGGGAGUCAGGAAAAAUAAAUAUUCAUGAACGAGAUGUUCUUAACAACAAAAAGGAAAAUACAGUUACAAUGAAUAUAACAGGGGGCGACAUAGAUGCUUAUGUUGCUCCAGCACAAACAGACAUAGAAUUUCGUAUGAGCAGAGUGUCUGACAGAGCGGGUACACCACGCACACCAAGCCCAAUGAAAGCUGCCUAUUUACAAACCGGUAUAUCUUCACCUCAAGAAGACGGGUCGCGUCGAAAUCACAACAAACAUUCCGCUGGAACAGGCCUAGAAGCUACUUUGCAUCAGAUGCCUGAAAAAUCGGAAAAAGAAGCAAAUAAGCCAGCAUAUGUAGUUGACACGUUGUCUGCAGACGAUUUUUUGUCGAAGUUGGACUCAUCAUCGGAUUCUGAAGAAGAUGUGCCUGCUGCUGACGAUCGAAAGUUAAAGAAGGUGUAUGUAAAUAUACGAAAACUGACGAGAGGGAACAGCUUCGGACUUGGUUCUGUUCUUUUUAACGAACAGCCAAGUUUGGCAUUGAUAAGCAACGGUGCGGAGUGUUUGGUUCUCAACAAGAAAUUUUAUCUUGACAAUAUGUCCGAUGAGUCUUUAAAGAAUUUGCGCGAUACUGAACACCCAUACCCUUCAGAAAGCGAUCUUCACGAGUCCUAUUGGAGAUUAAUAUCUUGGAAGGCCUUUCAGCGAGGGACAGUUCAACGACUUCAUUUACAUAGGGCCAAAGUUCGGCACUAUUCAAAUCCAACCAAGACCGUGUAUACUGAUGUGUUAGAAUGGAACGAUAUGCUUUAUCUGAGAUUAGAGUCAAUGAAAAGCUAA